AGCGUGAUGAUGCGACUGAGCCCCCGCAACCCCCCCGCUAUCAUUCAUUCUUUCGUCUAUCAGUCGGACUAAAGAAAGACGAGAGCGACACGCCGGAGGUCGCGUGGACACAAGGCUGUAUGACAAUUACGAAGGAAUUCAAAUAUUCGACGAGAACUGAAAUAACGGUUUGAAAUCUGUGUGGUUACCUGAGCUCACCGUCACGCGAGGGAUUCGCUUUAUGUUUAAUAACCGCCCGCGCUGCUCGGGCUGAGAGAAAAAAAAACACACAAGGAUGCGGAAUUAACGGAAGAACUAUCGAGAGCUAUCUGGCUUUUAAAACGGGAAGAAAACAGAAACACCUAUGUGAGCUGGACGAAACCAUUCCGCUUUGUCUUCGCCCAAGAGAAACGUUGAGAUUCGUUGGAUUUGAAAACACAGCCACGCCGUAACGUUAGGGCAGCUGUUGAGUUUCCAGCUGUGACCAUGAGCACCAUCUCACCGACUGAUUUUGAUAGUGUUGAGAUCCAGCAGCAGUACAAUGACAUCAACAACCGCUGGGACAUCGCAGCUGAAACAGAGUGGGAUAAUGAGAACAGUUCUGCACGUCUGUUUGAGCGUUCACGCAUUAAAGCUCUUGCAGACAUGGAUUUUGAUCCGCGCGAACAUGAGCCAUGUCUCUCGCCAGCUGCCUUUGUAAACCAGGUGCAAUAUUCCAACAUCCUGGAGGGCCGUUUCAAACAGCUGCAAGAUGAGAGAGAAGCAGUGCAGAAGAAGACCUUUACAAAAUGGGUGAACUCUCACCUGGGCCGUGUGACCUGCAGGAUUGGUGACCUCUACACUGACCUCCGCGAUGGACGUAUGCUUAUCCGACUGCUGGAGGUCCUCUCUGGGGAACAACUGCCAAAGCCCACCAAGGGCCGUAUGCGCAUCCACUGUCUGGAGAACGUUGACAAGGCUCUGCAGUUCCUGAAGGAACAAAAGGUUCAUCUGGAGAAUAUGGGUUCUCAUGAUAUUGUCGACGGAAACCACCGCCUCACACUUGGACUCAUUUGGACCAUAAUCCUCCGCUUCCAGAUCCAAGACAUUAGCGUUGAGACAGAGGACAACAAGGAGAAGAAAUCAGCCAAAGAUGCUCUGCUGCUGUGGUGUCAGAUGAAGACUGCAGGCUACCCAAAUGUCAAUGUCCACAACUUUACCACCAGCUGGAGAGAUGGUCUAGCGUUCAAUGCCAUAGUGCACAAACACAGGCCAGACUUGAUUGACUUUGAUAAUCUUAAGCGCUCUAAUGCCCACUAUAACCUGCAGAAUGCCUUUAAUGUGGCAGAGAAGGAGCUGGGUCUUACCAAGCUACUGGAUCCAGAGGAUGUGAAUGUUGAUCAGCCUGAUGAGAAGUCCAUCAUCACAUAUGUGGCCACAUACUACCACUACUUCAGCAAGAUGAAGGCGCUCGCCGUAGAGGGCAAGAGAAUCGGCAAGGUGCUGGACUAUGCUAUCGAAGCAGAUCAGCUGAUAGAGAAAUAUGAGACUCUGGCCUCAGAGCUGCUGCAGUGGAUUGAACAAACCAUCGUUACCCUUAAUGACCGUCAGCUCGCUAACUCGCUCAAUGGGGUUCAGAACCAGCUACAGGCCUUCAAUACAUACCGCACCGUGGAGAAACCACCCAAAUUCACCGAAAAGGGAAAUUUGGAGGUUUUGCUCUUCACCAUUCAAAGUAAAAUGAGAGCGAACAAUCAGAAAGUCUACAUGCCACGAGAGGGAAAACUCAUCUCUGACAUCAACAAGGCAUGGGAGAGGCUGGAGAAAGCGGAGCACGAGAGGGAGUUGGCACUGAGAAAUGAGCUGAUUCGUCAGGAGAAGCUGGAGAUGUUGGCCGCACGUUUUGACCGCAAAGCAGCCAUGAGAGAAACCUGGCUCAGCGAAAACCAGCGGCUGGUCUCACAGGACAAUUUUGGUGUUGAACUGGGUGCUGUGGAAGCAGCCACUCGCAAACACGAGGCCAUCGAGACAGACAUCCAGGCGUAUGGUGAGCGCGUAGCAGCUGUAGAAGCUGUUGCUCGAGAACUGGAGGCGGAGGGAUAUCAUGAAGUGCGGCGCAUACUGGCACGGAGGGAUAACGUCCUCAGACUGUGGGAGUAUCUGAAGGAACUACUUGCGGCACGGAGAGAGAGGCUGUUUGCCCACAGAGACCUGCAGCGCCUCCUACAGGAGAUGAGCUACAUCAUGGACUGGAUGGAAGACAUGAAGAGUCGCCUGCAAUCUCAGGACAGUGGAAAACACCUUCAUGAUGUGGAGGACUUACUGCAGAAACACACACUCGUGGAAGCUGAUAUAUCCGCACAGGCUGAGCGAGUUAAAGCCGUGCAGGCUGCUGCGAAGAGAUUUACUUCAAAUGAACAGAGUUAUAAGCCAUGUGACCCCUCUCUGGUUGAAGAGAAGGUGGAUCUUCUGGGCCGAGCGUACGGAGAACUUGGGCAGCUGGCAGCGGAUCGACGAGCUCGACUGGAUGACUCGCGAAAGCUGUGGCAGUUCCUGUGGGAACUGGGAGAGGAGGCCGCCUGGAUCCGAGAGCAGGAGCAGAUCCUGUCCGGAGGAGACUACGGAAAGGACUUAAGCUCCGCUCUUCACCUUCUGUCUAAACAUGAGGCCUUCAGGGAUGAGAUGGCAGCCCGUUAUGGCCCUCUAGGGAACAGCAUUGCUGGUGGAGAGGCCCUGGUGAAGGAAGGCCACUUUGGAGCACCUGAGGUGACAGAACGAAUCAAGGACGUGAGAGCACAGUGGUCGCACAUGGAGGAGGCCUCACAGUUGCGUGAGCAGGGACUGAUUGAGUCUGUAGCUUUCCAUCAGUUCCAGACAGAUGCCAACGACAUGGAGGCCUGGAUACUGGAAACACUAAGACAGGUGUCUAGUCAAGAAGUUGGCCAUGAUGAGUUUUCUACACAGACUCUGGCCAGAAAGCAGAGAGAGGUGGAGGAGGAAAUUCAAAGUCACCGAUCACUCAUCGACUCACUACAUGAACAGGCCUCAACACUGCCUGAAACAUAUGCACAGGCUCCACAGGUGGAGGGCCGUCUCCCAGCGAUAGAGCAGCGAUAUGAAGAGUUAGAGGGGCUGUCGUCAUCAUGGCGACAGGCAUUAGAUGGAGCACUUGCGUUGUAUCGUAUGUUUAGUGAAGCUAGUGCCUGCCAGCUGUGGGUUGGAGAAAAAGAACAGUGGUUGGACAACAUGGAGAUUCCCACCAAACUAGAGGAUCUGGAGGUGAUCCAGCAGAGGUUUGAAACUCUGGAGCCAGAGAUGAACACACUGGGUGCUCGCAUUUCUGAUGUCAAUCAAGUGGCUCAACAGCUUCUUGGAUCAGACAACCGCAACAAAGAGCAGAUCGACCAGACACAGAACCAACUCAAUAAGAGGUGGUCUGAUUUCCAGAGUCUGGCCAACCAGCGCAAACAAGCUCUGGAAUCAGCACUGAAUAUUCAGAACUAUCAUCUAGAGUGUAAUGAGAUCAAGAGCUGGAUGAAGGAAAAGACCAAGGUCAUCGAGUCCACGCAGAGCCUUGGAAAUGACCUGGCUGGGGUCAUGGCCCUGCAGCGUAAGCUCACUGGUAUGGAGAGAGACCUGGAGGCUAUACAGGGUAAGCUGGAUGACCUGCGUUCUGAGGCCGAGAAGUUGGCAUCUGAACACACCGAGCAGGAGGAGGAGAUCAAGGGUCGACUGGCUGAAAUCCAGGAGGUGUGGGAGGAGCUUCGAGCCACCAUGAAACGGCGCGAGGAAUCAUUGGGCGAAGCCUCUAAGCUUCAGGGCUUCCUUAGAGAUCUUGAUGACUUCCAGGCCUGGCUGUCUCGUACACAGACCACCGUGGCAUCUGAGGACACACCUACAUCUCUGACGGAAGCAGAGCGUCUGCUGGCUCAGCAUGAGGCCAUAAAGAAUGAAGUAGAUAAUUACAGGGAAGAUUAUGAGAAGAUGAGAGCUACUGGAGCUGAGGUGACUCAGGGACAGACUGAUGCCCAGCACAUGUUCCUAGCUCAGCGGCUGCAAGCGUUGGACACUGGCUGGCAUGAGCUGAGGAGAAUGUGGGAGAGCCGCCACUGUGUCCUCGCUCAGGCCUUUGAUUUCCAAACCUUGCUACGAGAUGCAAAACAAGCAGAGGGCUUCCUCAAUAGCCAGGAGUAUGUUCUGUCACACACAGAGAUGCCCUCCAGCCUACAAGGGGCAGUGGAGGACAUCAAGAAACAUGAAGACUUCCUCACCACCAUGGAUGCCAAUGAAGAAAAGAUCAACGGCGUGGUUGAGUCUGGACGGAGACUAAUUUCAGAUGGCAACACCUAUGCAGACAAGAUCCAAGAGAAGACAGACUCCAUUCAGGAGAGGCACCAGAAGAACAAACAAGCUGCCAAUGAGCUGCUGGCUAAACUGAAGGACAACAGAGAGCUGCAGCACUUCCUACAGGAUGGACAAGAGCUGACUUUGUGGAUAAAUGAGAAAAUGUUGACGGCUCAGGACAUGUCCUAUGAUGAGGCUAGAAACCUCCACAGCAAGUGGCAGAAGCACCAGGCCUUCAUGGCUGAGCUAGCCUCCAAUAAAGACUGGCUGGACAAGAUUGACAAGGAGGGUCAGGUGUUAGUAAAGGAGAAGCCUGAGCUGGAGCAGACGGUAUCAGAGACUAUGAGCAGCCUGCAGAAGCAGUGGGAGGAGCUUGAGAGCACCACUCAAGCCAAAGCUCAGUGUCUGUUUGAUGCGAACCGAGCUGAACUUUUCACGCAAAGCUGCUCGGCGCUGGACUCCUGGCUCCAGAACAUCUCCUCUCAAAUCCAAAGCGAUGACUUUGGAAAAGAUCUCACCAGUGUCAACAUCUUGCUCAAGAAACACCAGAUGCUGGAGCAUCAGAUGGAGGUGCGUGAGAAAGAGGUCCAGUCUCUGCAGUCACAGGCUCUGGCCUUGGCCCAAGAUGAUUCUGGGAUAGUGGAGGUGGAUGGGCAGCAGAGAAGGGUGACAGACAACUUCUCUAAACUGCAGGACCCUCUAAGACAGCGGAGGCAGCAUCUUCUUGCUUCAAAAGAGGCUCAUCAGUUCAACAGAGACCUUGAGGAUGAAAUUUUAUGGGUAAAGGAGAGGAUGCCUCUCGCCACGUCCACAGACCAUGGUAAAGAUCUUCCCAGUGUCCAGCUACUCAUCAAAAAGAAUCAGACUCUGCAGAAAGAGAUUCAGGGUCAUCAGCCACGUAUCGAUGACAUCCAGGCUCAUGGUACGAACAUGUCCCCUGAGAAGGAGUCAGAGAUGGACAGGGAGAGGAGAGCUGAUCUUAAUGGGCGUCUGGUGGAGCUGAGGGAAUUGUGGGCCCUUUUGAUUUCUGAGACCGAGAAGAGGAACUUGAGGCUAGAAGAGGCUAACCGUGCGCAGCAGUUUUACGCAGAUGCUGCAGAGGCUGAGGCCUGGAUGGGAGAACAAGAGCUUCAUAUGAUGUCAGAGGAAAAGGCGAAGGAUGAGCAGAGUGCUUUGGUGAUGGUGAAGAAACACCAGAUUCUGGAGCAGGCUCUAGAGGACUAUGCUCAGACCAUCCACCAGCUGGCCAAUAGCAGCAGACUUAUGGUGAAUAGUGAACACCCAGAGAGUGAAAGAAUCACUCUGAGGCAGGCCCAGGUGGAUAAACUGUACGCAGGGUUGAAGGAUCUGGCAGAAGAGAGGAGGGGCAAACUGCAGGAGAGACUGAGACUGACCCAACUGAAGAGGGAGGUGGAUGAUUUAGAGCAGUGGAUCGCUGAAAGAGAGGUUGUCGCUGGGUCUCACGAACUCGGACAGGACUAUGAACAUGUGACGAUGUUGCGUGAUAAGUUCCGGGAGUUUGCACGGGACACCAGCACAAUUGGCCAGGAGCGCGUGGAUGCAGUGAAUGCCCAGGCAGAUGAACUUAUUGAGUCUGGUCAUCCUGAAAAUGCCAGUGUGGCUGAGUGGAAAGACGGGCUCAAUGAGGCCUGGGCCGAUCUGCUCGAGCUCAUUGACACGCGCACACAGAUGCUUGCCGCCUCGUACGAGCUGCACCGCUUCCAUCAGGACGCCCAGGAAGCUCUGGGGCUCAUACGGGAGAAGAAGGAAACACUAGCAGGGGCCGAACUUGGACGGGACCUGAACACUGUCCAACACUUGCUUAGACAGCAUACGGCAUAUGAGCAUGAUGUACAGGCACUGAGUGGGCAGGUCACACAGGUUCAGGACGAUGCUGCACGUCUACAGAAAGCAUAUGCUGGAGAGAAAGCUGAUGAUAUCCAUCGCCACGAGCGUGCAGUCACAGAGGCCUGGGAGGGGCUUCAAUCUGCCACUCAAGCCAGACGGCUACUCCUAUUGGACACAGUGGAGAAGUUCAGAUUCUUAAACAUGGUCAGAGACUUAAUGCUGUGGAUGGAGGGAAUCAACUUACAGAUCCAGUCACAUGACAGCCCAAGGGACGUCUCCUCAGCUGGUCUGGUCAUCGCCAACCAUCAGGAUAUUAAGUCUGAGAUAGAGACCAGAGCGGACAGCUUUACCGCAUGCAGUGAAAUGGGACGCACCCUCAUCAACAACAAUCACUAUGCUUCAGAUGAGAUUCAAGAGAAAUUGGAUCAGCUUCAGGCCAAACGCACUGAAAUUAAUCAGAAGUGGCAAGAGAAAAUGGACCACUUACAGAUCGGUGAGGAUGCGUCUAUGGCCGAGUCGUGGCUGGCAGGACAGGAACCACUGGUCAGGGCAGCAGAAUUGGGCUCUAACGUUGACGAGGUUGAGAGUCUUAUCAAACGCCACGAAGCCUUUGAAAAACUGGCAGCAGGCUGGGAAGAUCGUUUCACACUGCUAGAGAAGCUCACCACGCUGGAGGAACAGGAAAUUCAAAGAAGAAGGGAAGAGGAAGAGAGGGCCCGAAGACCACCCACACCUCCCCCUGUGGAGGAGGUAGUACAGUCUGAGAUAAAUGAUUCUGCUGCAAGGACGAGUCUAGACCAGACUACAUUGAACCAGUCAGUAUCUGUCAAUGGUGUCUACAGUGACCAUGACACAUCACAGGGAUCAGAAUCAGAAUCUGUAAACGGUCCGGGCCGUGACAGCGGUCUAGACUCAGCAUCACGGCAAGACCCUUCAGCUACACUGCCAGGGCGAGGAGGAGCAGAGGCGGCCACAGAAACUAUGGAGGGCAUCCUUUGCAGGAAACAGGAAAUGGAAUCGCACAACAAAAAAGCAGCCACCAGAUCGUGGCAGAAUGUAUAUUGCGUAUUACGUAAAGGCAGUCUGGGCUUCUAUAAGGACAACAAGAGUGCCUCGAAUGGAAUCCCCUACCAUGGAGAAGUUCCCAUCAGCCUUAGCGAGGCUGUCUGUGAGGUCGCCCAUGACUACAAGAAAAGAAAACAUGUAUUUAAACUUAGGCUUGGGGAUGGAAAAGAGUUCUUGUUCCAAGCAAAGGAUGAGGCUGAGAUGAGUUCAUGGAUUCAAGCAAUCCAGUCAUCCUUGUCGUCCACCGAGCAUUCACCGGGUGGCACACGAGGUCUGAGUCGGGCGAUGACCAUGCCGCCUAUGUCUCCUAGCUCGGGCGAUGCAGGAGGCGUAACAAUGCGCAACAAAGACGGCAAAGAGAGAGACCGCGAGAAGCGCUUCAGUUUCUUUGGCAAGAAGAAAUAAGCACCCAAAUAUGCCACAGAUCUCAACAGUGAGCCAAGCAAGAGAUGGAAGUUUGUCAACACCCAAAAGAAACUGAUAAAGUUAGAAAAGGCGAAGAAAACUCGCAUGCCACAUUGUGAUUCAUUUUUCAUUUUUGCCCUUUCUUUUUUUCCACUCAUUU